CAAGACAUGCAAUACUUCGAUCUAUAUAUUAAUCAAUCUUAAAAAGAACUUUCAACCAUCAAACCAACAAGCUUAAAUUCAAAAAAAGUUAAUAAUAAACGUGUGUAUUGUAAGAAUAUCACAAAGAACAAAAUGUCGUCAUCACAGUUCGCUAUCUUUUGCAUCAUCUUGAUUGCUUUAUUUCCUCUUCACGAAUUUGUCGAUGGUCAAGGAACUUGCAAACAAACCCCAUGCCCCAACGCCAAAGAUAAAAAUAAGACUUGCUUUUGUUGUCCCUCCAAUAACAGGUGUUACGCGACCAAAGAUACAUGUGCAGGUUGGUGUGGCAAACAAUAAGUUAUCUUGAGAACCUACAUCAAGGAUUUAAGAAAAUCUGAAUAACCAUUUUAUUUAAUUCUUCCUAAUAUCUACUUUUGUUUUAAAUGAAUAAAACAUGCUCAUCUGGAGCCCAACAAAUACAAUGUAUGUCUACUGUAUUUGUGUUUAGAAACUUUCAUAUUCUAUCAUAUGUAACUAGGUGAUACCCGCGCCCUGCGCGGUUCAAGA